UUUCAAUUUUUAAAACGUUUCGUUGUUUUAGAACCACACGGAAGACGAAGAAUCUGGCAGUGGUAUUUCUGAUCGAGUGAUUACCGAUGAUGCCAGUUCUUUUCCAUCUAAACUUGUAGAAGGAUUUGUCUCGACUUCACCGUCCAAUCUUCAACCCCAUCGUCCGUCCUUAACCUCAACUCCUCAAUACACUACCCGUAGAAUGAGCAGCAAACUUGUUACUGCUACUACAAAGUGCCAACCAUCGACAAAUGUUACUAGAAGUGUUGCUAAAGGUUACUUUGGUAAGCUUGAAGAGACAAUUAUCAACAUAUACAAACUCCCGAGAUCGUCCUUAUUACUGAUUGUUUCAGCCAUACUAUUGGUGCUAUUGUUUCUCUCUGCUACCUUCUUAAUGUACAGGAUAGCUAUGGUACAUCGUCGGUUGGCCAACGUAGAGGGCUGGUACCCAGCUUCUGACCAAAGACUGAAACAGUAUCACAGAGAAAAGAAAGACAAAUCAAAGAUGAUGACAGAAGAAGUGAACCAUUUGACGGACAGUCUACAAGAUAAGAUCGAUCAACUGGUGCUGGUAGGAAAUUUAGUAUUCUACAUGUCGGUUGCGUCACAGAC